AUGCUAACAUUCUUCAUCUUCUUAUCAGCCCUUAUAGCAAUAAUUGAGAAUGCACCAUUGGAAAAUUUAGGAUUAAUUAAUUCUACUUCCAAUGAUAAUAUUGAUAAGAUAUCUUCGCAAAUUUUACGAUUGAAACGACAAUUUAAUGGUUGUGGUCAGCGAUAUUGUUGCUGUGCAACUUUAUGUUGCUGUGCUCAAUCUCCUCAAUCUUUUUCGCCAUCACCUCCAAUAACUUUACCACCUAUGACAACACGUCCGCCCGUUGCACCUCUUUGCUGUCAAAUAAGUCAACGUAUAUGCUGUCAACCAUCGCCAAUGCUCAUCCAAACAGGUCAAAUGUUAAUGCCACAACCGCAGGUACCACAAACAAUUCCAAUGAUUGGACAAGGAGCACCAAUUCAACAAUUAUCGCCACAGAUUGUUGGCAAACAAAUAUGUUGUAAUUGCUGCCCAUGUUUUGGUGCUGGACGUAAACGGCGUUCAAUAUUUAGCAAAUUAGCUAAAUUGAAGUAA